AUAAAUGAGAGACUUUAGUAAUUUAGUAUGAAUAUUUAGUAUAUAGUUAUUUAUUAUUAUUAUUAUUAGUAGUAGUAGUAGUAGUGUUAUUACUUUUUUCUUUCCCUGCCAAGCUACUGCCCACACUCCAGUCCAGUAGAUGGCGGUAAUGCACCUUAAGUUGGUUUUCCAACCACCAUUAAAACCAAAAGAAGAAGAAGAAGAAGACAAGGCAGCGUGUGGAAUUCUUCAACAACAUGUCUACUUUUUUGGUCAAGGUUUUGGUGUCACAAUGUCAUGAUAUCGAGCGUACACUGGACAUGUUAUGCUGGCCGAGUUGUUCGUGGCCGGAAGUAGAGCGGGUUGAAGCCCUUGGUUUAUUUAUCAGAGAGCUUGUCCUCAACUCGCACUCCAGUGCAGAGGUUUAUAAUGGGUUUAAGACCAAGGAACGUUUUAUUUGUAAAGUGCAAUCAGUUAUCUGGAACCACUGUGUACCACUGCUGAAAAUGAUCUCAAGUGAGAACAUUGCAUCUCGGGAGGAAAGUGUUCCCCAAACUAGUAAGAGGAAGGAGAUGCUCCAUGCCACUUGUGCACUUCUUCUGAUCUGUGUGAGGGAGUGUGAGACUGACUCCCUGGAGGAAAUAGCACGUUUUGUUUUACCUGCGUUGUCAGGAAAGACUGACAGACAUGGGGACACGCAGCAGUUGGAUGUUGAUGUGGCCAUAGAAGUUCUGGCAGUAUUGCUCUCAGGUGUUUCAUCCAAUCCUGCCUUAGCUAAGAAAUCCCUGUCCUGUACUCUUUGUAGUGUGAAGGAGCUUUCAGACACUUGGGUGUCCAAAAUCAUUGUCCGUAUCUGGUUCACGUGUCUUAACUCCUCGAAUAGAGAAAUGCAAGCAGACCUUCUCUCUUACCUUUGGGGGGAUUUACUGGCCUGGUGUGAGCUGGAGGGCACAGAAGUGGUGACUGCACGCCUUCUGCUAUGCCUUACUGCCCUUUCUGACUUCCUCUUCUCGGUGGAUGAAAGGAGCUCCAACCCAGAGAUGUCUCACACUUUCUUCAGAGUGGUCCAAGCUGGACUUGUACACAAGGACACUGUGUCUCGGAAGAGGGCACUUUAUCUACUGAAUAGAUGUGUCUCGCUGGCAGAGGCACACGAUGGACAUAUUAAUAUGUGUGAGACAGAAGAAUUUUUUUUCAAAUGGAAAGCAGAGCAAAGAUCAGUGCUUCGAGAGUUUUGGGAUGCGUACGCCCUGGUCCUGGAGACUCUUGAGGAAUACCAGAUCCAUGUGAUUCGACCUGUACUAAGCCGAAUUGACAUGCUUGUCAAAACAAUUUCAACAGAUACUCAAGGCAGUGGACUGAUUCAUCCAUCCUGGUUACUGUGUGUGUAUCAGCGCAUGUUCCACAGUGAGAACAAGGCUGUAAUAAAGGAGGGAGUCACUCAUCUGUUAGGGCUACAAAUGCUUCAGCAUCCUUUUUUUGCCCUUGCUUUCUCCCAGUUUGUUGUAGGUCCCUUCAUGGAUGUCCUAGCUGAGAACUGGCUGUACCAGAGGUCUCCUAAACAAAGCAUUGGAGAAUGUCCAGAACUAGGUGUGAAACUGCAGAAUUUCCUGGUGAUGUUCUUCAGCAGUUUGCCUGAGGACAGACAAGGAUCAGUGUUACUGCAGAUGCUCAAACAUUUGAGCUCUCGACGGUGGUGUUCUAUCCCUCUGCUAUUCCUUUCUCAAGCCCUGUCCUGCUUGUCACCCAGCCCUCUUCUGAAAGCAGAUGGUCUACAUGUACUCAGAGAGGUGCUUGGCUGCACUAUGGUCACUCACCACAUCCUACUAAGAGGGGCCAUCCAGUGCUUCCUGCUUCACACUGUUCUCCAACUGUGUGAUCUGUCAGUGGUGUCCCUGGAUGAAGUAUUUGCUUUUCUAGCACUUUUCCGAGCUGAGGAGUGCCUGUGUCCAGGCACAACAAUUUGGGAAAAGCUUUCUGAUUGGUUGCUGGCUAACGAGGGCCAUUUUUGGACUGCUGUGACUUCCACCAAUGUUUCCCCACAGAAAAUCUCAGCCCACAGCUACAACUCUUUAAAAACCUUCCUGACCAGACCAGUUAGCUCAGAUCAGGCAGACAGAGUAGGCGAGGCUGAAUCGCUAGCUCGCAGCCUCCUCCUCUCUGCAGACCUGAACUGGAGGAGAAGAGAGGAGCAGGGUCCUGAGUACAUGAGACUGGAACAGCUUUUCGGCCCUCUGCUCGAUAUCCUGCACCGGCUCAACACCAGCGUUUACUUGCCGCUGUGCAAGUCCGAUAAGAGUCUCCAGCUCAUGUUCAGACUUCUGCUGCUUCUUGACAAAAACGUAGAGAUGGGAAUGGAGAAUGAAGGUAAGAUGGCAGUUGCCUUGACACAGCUGCUGUUGGUUGUGGCAGAACCGGUUCAAGAGUUCAUACUAAGAAGGCUGAGUGGAGAACUACAGGAGUUGUCUGAUAUAGGCAGGGCAAAUCUGUAUCUGUCUCUUCUACGGGUGCUGAUAAAAACCUACUGCAAAGUCCCAGGCUACAGCUCUACAUUACAGAAAAACUACGUGUCCAGACUCACUGUAAACUGUGUGAGACUUCUCAAUGAGCCAUCUGAACAGAAUCCAUGUAUUGCUGGACAAGUGCAAAAAGCAGUUAGCAUGGCAACAUUAGCCUUGCUAUGUGAGCUGGCUGAUCAGUGUCUGUUUCACUCCCAGUCUGAGGCCAUGAGAUCGCUUUGCUCGCUCACUGCUUAUUUCUGUCCAUCUUCAUCCUCUUUAUCCACACCUCAGUCCUUUAACCAGACCUUACCGAAGCCUUCCUCUACAGCCGACAUCGCCGACUGUCCAUAUGGUGACCCACUUCUGAGAGACUGGAGCAGAGUGGUAGCUUACUUCAUCAGAGACCAGUGGACAUGCAUCUGUUUCCUUCAGAAGUUUGCGGAGACUCCCAGAGCUACAGAGGCCUUCCAGGCUGCUGUUGAGGCUCUUUCCUUGCUGCCAAGUGAUUUGGUGCUGCCUGUACUGGACUUUAUGUGUGCAGCUUUACCACAGGUUCUCCAUAAUGAGGCCUUAUGUGUGGAAGCAGUAUCUGUGUCCUGGACACUGGUACAUGCCUUGAGUACAAAUGCUCAUGACUUCUGGCCUGUCCUGCGGGCUUUUGUACGCUUGGCUUUCCACCGCAGCUUCCUCGAGCUACAGGAUGUUCAAAGCCACAAGAUAACUGCCUGCAUCCAACAGGUUACAUGUGAGCUGAUUGAGCUCUCCCAGGCUAGGUUGGGAGUUUUUAAUGUGCUGAUUCAGCACUGCUGCAACACCUGGCUUCCCUCUGACCCUAACGGUCACACAGACACCGUUUUCCAAAGUGCUUUAAAUCAUUUGGACAUACUGACUGAGGCUUGCAUCUAUGGACCGCUCUACAGAAGAGAUCAAAGGCUACUUCAGGAGGUUCAAACUUAUGUAGAACAGCUUGGGGAAGAGCUUGCAGCAAAUGUGGUGAUUAACAGUUGGAAUAGGGAUGAUCAGUUCCCACGCGUGUGUGUUUUGGCCUUUCUGAGUCGUCUUGAAUCAUACAAUACUCUACACCAGAGGCUGAUGGAGAAGCUAGUGCAGUGCUUACUGAAAAAGGAUAAGGACAUAUCAAAGUCAAAAGUGCGUUAUUAUAAUAACUCUAUGCAGCACAGAGUAAAGAAUAGGGUGUGGCAAACGUUGCUGCUCCUCCUGCCCAAGUUGAGGCCGGAGUUUGUGGUGGAGUACAUGUUUGGCCUGGUGUGUGAGGCAGGCUUUGGCAACAACCAGCCUUCUGUCAAGUACCUGAUCGAGUGGGCCCUGAUUCUGAUCCUCCACCAGAACCCCUCUCAUAUUCAGCAUCUGUGGAUCUGCUUUAAUGUGGAUGAGGAGAAAACAAAGACAAGCGUCUGCACAUUCCUUUCUGUCUUGGUGCACCUGGGCAUCCUGCUCCCUAAGCUAGAGGAUAAGGCAAGGCAUUGGCAGAAGGCUGUAGAGGUGAUUUUACUGUGGUGUUUCAGUCAUAACUUCACUGUCCGGCUGUAUGCAUUGCUGGCUCUGAAAAGAGUGUGGGGUUUAGAGGGGGCACGACUCCUGGCUGAAAAUGAACAGAGCAGUUCGGCGUCUCUGCAGGGACUAGCAACAGUUGUUGAGGCCUGCCUACAUCAAGCUGAGGUCAUGCAGAACACUGGCAAUGCCGUAAAGAACUGGUCCAGAAUACAGGAGCAUUUUUUCUUCAGUGCCUUUCAUCCUCUUGAUGAUUACAGUGUAGAGACAAUUUUCCACACAUUCCCGAUUCUGUCAGAAUUGGCAGAGGAUGAGUACAUUCCAGUGUGGAAGUUUGAGAAGCUGGUGGACUUUCAAGACAGUUCGUCUGUACCUUUGAAAAAUCCAGGCAGAGAGCUGAGGGAGCUGCAGCCUAGUGACUGGGUUCAGCAAGAUAGAGGUGAGUUGGAACAAGAAGAGCGCUGGGCAGAUGUACAGAAAAAGAUUGCCCCUUGGAGUCUGAAUGUGCAGGAGGUGGAGCCACACCUUGUGGCCCAGCAGAGAGUAGCACGUCUGGGUAAACUUACCACCGCCCUCCUGGUGGUCGCCUCACUUAUUGACAAGCCCACAAACCUGGGUGGUCUUUGUCGAACUUGUGAAAUCUUUGGAGCCGGUGCUCUGGUGCUGGGUAGCCUGCAUCACGUCGGUGACAAACAGUUCCAAGCCCUGAGUGUCUCUUCUGAGCUGUGGCUUCCUCUGGUGGAGGUGAAGCCCAUGGACCUGGCAGGUUUUCUGCAGCAGAAGCAAAGAGAAGGUUACAGUAUCAUCGGAGUAGAACAGACAGCCAACAGCCAGAGUUUGCAAAACUAUAGGUUUCCAGAGAAGACCCUAUUACUGUUAGGGAAUGAACGAGAGGGUAUUCCUGCUAACCUCCUGCAGUUGUUGGACGUAUGUGUGGAGAUUCCUCAGCAGGGAGUGACACGUUCUCUCAAUGUGCAUGUGAGCGCUGCCUUACUGGUGUGGGAGUACACCAGACAGCACUUGGGUCCUGACCAAUCCUCUUAAGUACUUUAAAUCUAAUCCAUCGGAGAUUUGUCCUUCCAAUAUCAACAUGCUCUGACAACUACUAAAGAAGGCAUGAUGAUACUGGAGGUUGGGCUCUCCAGUACCGCUCAAGUGAAAUCCUAAGCAAAACGUGUGUGCUUCAUUAACCAGCCCCAAAAAGCUGUGGCUCAGGUGGUAGAGCGGGUUGUCCACUAAUCAUAGGUUUGGCGGUUCAAUUCCAGGCCCACGUGUCCCCACAUGCAGAAGUGUACUUGGGAAGACACUGAACCCCAAGUUGCUCCCGAUGGCAGGCUAGCACCUUGCAUGGCAGCUCUGCUACCAUUGGUGAGAGUGUGUGUGUAUGAAUGGGUGAAUGAGACCGCUACGUUAAAAAAAGCGCUAAAUAUAUGCAGACCAUUUACUUGAAUACGCUUUGAAUUUGUUUGCUUAUUAUUUGAAGUUUGACAACGUGUGCAGCUCUUUGGUCUAUGUUUUUAGAAAGAUUUGACUGGUCACACACACACACACGCACACAAAAACAAACAAAAAAACUCUCUUCUUUUGUAAAAGAAUAUUUAGAGAAUAUGAGGUGAAUAAUUAUAACAAAUAAAACUAUGACAAAAUGUUUUUGUUUAGACUUUGUUUCUUAAGACUGAUAUAUAUUUUUUUAUAUAUAUAAAACUUUUAAAGGCAUUAUGACGCCACACAUGGAAGUAUGUGCUAAAAACAUAGGCCUACUUUAAAAGUAUGUAUGUUUAAAACUGGGAUGCUGAAAACGCUGACCCAAUUGUGGGAAAUGAAGCAUCUGAGUCGAUAGCUUGUUUAAAGGCACUGGCUGGCAUUAUUUACUUCUCUUGUGUAAUUUGACGAUUUGCUCAUUUGUUUGAUUUUCCAGCUGUGUCAGCUGAAGAAAUGUAUUCAUGCACAUGUUAUGUCUCUUCCGCCCCUCUCUACACACACCUGCGAUUUCCACAAGGUUCAAAGAGGAAUGAAGGAAGCAAGGAAGGGAGGGAGGGAGGGAGGGAUCUUGCAGACACACAGCUCCAACCCACAAUUUAAUAUGUAUGCUUUUUCUUCAGUUCAUUUUGCCCAUGCCUAAAUGGCCACAUUCGUGCGAACACUAACGCGGAGAGAUUCGGAAUACUUUCUUUCUUUCUUUCUGUUUUUUUUAAAUACUUCUUUUGGAAUCUUCGAGUCGAUGAAAAUGAACGUACCAGACAACAUAUGGUUGGAUGCCAGCGAGCCUUUGCUGGGUGAAACGCGACUCUCGUGGAGAAACUCGACGAGUUCCGUGAUGUCUAUUUUCCCGCGUGGGAAGCUGCUGCUGGAGGUCCUCAUGGUGCUCAUGUGUGUCGGCGCGGUCACUGGUGCGGUCGUGUAUUUCUGUUCUCUUUCUUUUCUUUUUUUUUCCCUGCACAAUUAUUUAAAAUAAUUAUAACGUUAAGUAGUAUUUGAAUUGUUUGUUAAUAGAAUACUUGGUCCUGCUGGUUUCUUUAGGACAGUUAUAAAUCUGCUUUGGUUACUCUUAUCUAGUUUCAGAAGUUUGUGGUAUGACUUUCGUACCAAAUCCUAGACGAGAAUGGACCACAAGAAGUCUUUUAACAAGCUAUUGAACAUGGAACAGUAAUAGACGUUUUACUCUGUUGUAUAUAUGUUGAUAUAAACUUUAUUUCUGUACUUUUAAGUCAUGGAAGUAUUAACUGUAGUUAUUGUUUAAGUGACCUUAUGCGGGUUCUUUCUUUAUGCAUUUUUAGUAAACUCCCACUUUACAAUGCAUUUAAUCCAGUAUUAGUACCAUUAACCCUCAUGUUCUGUUCAACUCAUUUCUCUAUUGAAAAUGAAAUGGGAUAAAAGUUACAUUUAUAUGAAUUUGCUUCAUUCCUCUAUUGUAUUUAGAAAUAUUACCCAAUGAAUUUUUGGACAUAGAUAUGGACUUGCAAUAUCCGUCGACACCAACCACUUUUUGUCUUAUUUGCGCUCAUACCAGAUUACACGGCUGCUGGUAGGAGCAUCUCCUCAUGAGAAGUGGUUUUGUGUGUCUUUACUGUUCCCCAAAUACAUGUCACAGAUGCAUUCAAAGUAGGCCAUUUCAAAUACAAUGAUCUGCCCAAAUUCAAUAUGAUCUGUGAACAGUACAUUCCUUGCGAAGUAGCAAAUAGAACACAAGGGUUAAUAGUAACUUAAAUUUACUGUAUAGAUUUCACUGCUCUUUUCUAGUUGGUGUUUCCAUUUAUCUGAGAAUAAGAGAAUACUGUAUUUUCCUCUGCUCUGACUCUGUUUAAAUGUAAAGUCUUUUAAAUUUCUGUUUGUUAGG